CACCCUCUCCCGGCCUCCUUUACUGAGUCUGCUUUCUUGCCUACUUUCUCUUUCCUUUCUGGCUCAGCUUGGGACAAACGCUCAAACCAGAAGAGGCUCGGGGCUUGGAUUUUAAUGUCAGUGAUGGAAAAACAUGAGAAUGUUUCCUGGAUCCACCAGCAGGAACUGGAAGAUCCACUCAAGAAAUACCUAAACAGCACUGAGGACUACCUCACCUUCCUCUGCGGGCCUCCACGCAGUCACCUCUCCCUCCCGGUGACUGUGGUGUAUGCGCUUAUUUUUGUGGUGGGGGUCGUUGGCAAUCUCCUGGUGUGCCUGGUGAUUCUUCGGCACCAGACUAUGAAGACACCCACCAACUACUACCUCUUCAGCUUGGCUGUCUCUGAUCUCCUGGUCCUGCUCCUUGGGAUGCCCUUGGAAGUCUAUGAGAUGUGGCGCAACUACCCCUUUCUCUUUGGGUCGGUGGGCUGCUACUUCAAGACCGCCCUCUUUGAGACGGUGUGCUUUGCCUCCAUCCUCAGCGUCACCACGGUCAGCGUGGAGCGCUACGUGGCCAUCGUGCACCCGUUCCGAGCCAAGCUGGAGAGCACCCGGCGGCGGGCCCUCAAGAUCAUUGGCAUCCUUUGGGGCUUGUCUUUUCUCUUCUCUCUGCCCAACACCAGCAUCCACGGCAUCAAGCUCCACUACUUCCCCAAUGGGUCCUUGGUCCCGGGCUCCGCCACUUGUACCGUCAUCAAGCCCAUGUGGAUCUACAAUUUCAUCAUCCAGAUUACCUCCUUCCUCUUCUACAUCCUCCCCAUGACUGUCAUCAGUAUCCUCUACUACCUCAUGGGGCUCAGACUAAGGAAAGAACAACACCUUGAGGCAGAUGAAGUGACUGCAAAUGUUCAAAGACCUUCCAGAAAAUCAGUUACCAAAAUGCUGUUUGUCUUGGUCUUAGUGUUUGCGAUCUGUUGGAUCCCAUUCCAUGUUGACCGACUCUUCUUCAGCUUUGUGGAGGAGUGGACUGAAUCCCUGGCUGCUGUGUUCAAUCUCAUCCACGUGGUAUCAGGUGUCUUCUUCUACCUGAGCUCAGCUGUCAACCCCAUUAUCUAUAACGUGCUCUCUCACCGCUUCCGAGCAGCAUUCCGGAACGUGAUCUCUCCUUCCUGCAAACAGUGGCACUCCCAGCAUCACCCACAGGGGCCACCUGCCCAGCGGAAUAUCUUCCUGACAGAAUGUCACCUCGUGGAACUGACUGAAGAUGCAGGUCCCCAGUUCCCCUGCCAGUCAUCCCUCUGCAGCUACCACCUCCCCGCAGCCCUCUGUACUGGACAGGCACCAUGAAAGGAACUCUGCCUCUGCACUGCAGGGAGGGACAUCCCAUAAUUUAUGCCUUCUUUUUGAUGUUAGGGAGGUUAAAUGGCUCUUAGAACUUAUAUACCCAUUUCUAGGUGUGUUUUUUUUUAACAAAUGUGAACAUGCUACUAAAUCUGGAUCUAAAAUCUAGAAUCUCCUGAUUUUUAGUUGCCUUUCCACUAUCCUAACUGCCUCAUACCCCUUCACUAGUUCAUGAAAAGAAUAUGACUAGCAAAGCAUGGUACCUAUGCUUUGAGUAAUUUCCACUCUUGGGAGUAGUUUGUCCUGAGUCAUCCACACUCUGAAUCAGGCUGUCGCUCUUACAACCAAUGGUCCCUGUGAGACACAGAAAGGAGACAUGUAGAUGCUGUUCUGCUUUAAAUGAUUUGGGGGCAGGGGGGUCCAUGCCAGUGUUCCUCCACCUCAAACUAUUUACCCUACUGCCUCACGUUCUACCACUAUAAUGUGGUUCCUAAGAGUCCUAAAGUGUUUUACUUUAGGAGUCCUCCUGAUAAUAUGGAAAUGCUCCUUAGAACUAUUAUUCCCACCGUUCCAAUCCCCAGGCCAUUGUCGGUCAUUCCUCACCAGGAGUGGGAUCAGAUACAAGUCCCACUUAGAGAAGAAUGGAGAGAGGGAGAAGGCUGUGGUGACAGGUCCAAAGAGAGAAAACUGUAGCAGAAACAAACUUAGUUGUUCUCAUAAUCCGGUCUAGCCUUGGAUUUCUCAUGUCUUCACAAACAGACAGAGGUAUGGUCUACUGUCUCAGAACAAAGACAAGUCAAUGGUAACUACUGGCCUCAAAUCCAUGGCUUUCACUUACUCAAUCCUUCAUUACCAAUAUAACACUCAUCACACAUAUAAUAUGGGCAAAAUCUAGUUCCAGACUCAUUUUCCAUUAUAUUAUUCCAAGGAAUAUAUGCUCUAUUCAAACUCAAUUGCUUGCUCUUCUUAUGAAAAUAUGCCCCAGUUUUCUCAGCUGCACAUAUUUGCUUAUAGAAUGCCCUCUAUAUCUCCAAUCUCCAUCUGUUGCUAUCCUACCCAUCCUUCAGUGUUCAUCUCAGUAUGGUAUCUCCACCAUGAAACCUUGCUUGAUUUACUCAAAUAGGAUGUGUUAUAUAACUUCUCUGUCAGUUUACAUCUCUUAAGCUUUGUCUUCACUCUGCUAUGUGUUUCAGUGAUUUAUCUUCUUGUUUUACCAGAAUGUAAAUUUGUCAAAGGCAUGAAGUAUCUUGUGUUCAUUUGUGCUGCUGCUGGAAUCCUGGCAAUAUAUCUGUCACAAUGGUAGUUGUUCAAUAAAUAUGUGGUAAGUGAGUUGACGUCACAUUUCAAUGUAUUGAGCCAAACAACAGUUCCAAAUAGAACCAUGUUAAGAGCCAAAGGACUGAGAUUCUGUUUCUGACCAGCCUGUCUGACCCUCAGUCGACCAUUUCAUCAGUCUUGGUUAUAAGGGGACGCCUGCUGUGCCUGUGGUGUGAGAAGGCCUUUCCCAGCGCCAGGGUUUACUGAUGCUGAAACACCCAAGUUCCAGCUUUUAGUCUCUGAAUGUUCCCUAAAUUGAAUGAGCUAUCCUGCUGACAAAUGAGGGUAUUGGUCUCUGACGUCAUCAUUUCCUAACUGAACAGUCAUCUUCAAAGUGAUUCAGUAUUUUAUUUAAAUACCUUUGCUAAUUAUAAGCCAACUCUAAUGGAUCAGAAUUCUCCAGUGGUGAUUUAUGUUGGUGAGCAGAAUUCUCUGGUCAUUUGAAGAUUAAGUGAAAACGACUCAGCAAAACGAAACCUCAGAAAUUGAGGAGAAAUGAGUUUCCUUCUUGCCUUUUGAGACAUUCUUGAAUAAAGAUCUCAUAGGGUCAUUAUCCUUAACUCCCAAUGAUCAAGAGUAACAAUGCUGCUGUUGUAGGUGGAUGGAUAGGAAAAAAAAAAAAAAACACUAAAAUUGAAGCUAGUAAUUUGGUUGUUUGAUUAAAACUUUGGUAUCUUUUUGUUUUCUCCUCAUUUACUUUUUUUCUCUUGAAAAUUUAUAUCCAAAAAAUUAUCAUUUACUCAUUCAUUCUUUCAUUCAACAAAUCUUCACUCAUACCCAUCAGGUGAUGUGUAUUGUUCCACGUUAUGAAUUUCCCAGCCUUGAAAGUUUACAUCUAGUAGAAGAAAUUAUUAUUUUUGAAAACCAUUACAAAAUUGAUUAUUUAAAUCUAGUGAUGAAGUGUGCAACAAACUAUGAAUACAAGUACUAGGGGACUACAUAAAAAAGGUGUCUGGCCAAGUCAGGGGGAAAUAGGUUUAGUGAAGCAUGGCAUUAAAAAGGAAAAAGAGUGAGUGUUAAUUGAGAAGCUAAUUUGUCUAUAUACACAUACCUACACAAGCACAAAUAUACAUGAAGAAAGCUUAUAUUCCAAAAUGAAAAUUGAAAUAUCACAAGUUCCAGAGUUAGCUUAGUUCAUACAAAAUUAGUAGGACAAAGGGAGAAAUUAAAACUAAAUUGUUCAGUGUUACCUUAUGACUGACCUCAUCAUCUCCUCAUGAAUUCUUUGUGAUCUCUGAAUUUUAGACUAAUAACAGAAGAGGCCAGAUAGUAAACGUGACUAAUAAAAUAUUGAUAAUUUAAUUCUUCUGCAAUGUGAUAGGGACUUCUGAGCUCUCUAGUAAUUCAAAAACUUAGUGAACUGAAGCAAUGACAUUCAGAAUGUUGCUUGCCAAAUUAGUUUGUCUAGCCCAAAGAGAUACAAGAGAUUCUUUAUUUCAGACCCUUUGAACAGGUGUCAGGAGGUGCAAGAAUUCCCUGAAAUUGUAUUCAUAAUUCUUUUCUUUCUUUCUUUCUUUUAUUUUAUUUCUUUUUUAUUUUUGAGGAAGAUUAG